AUGUACUGGAACAAGAAUAUAAAAUUGAAGUCCAAAAAAGACGACAAAAUAAUGAAAUCUCCAAGGCAACAAGAAUGGGAAAAGAUUCAUGAUGUAUAUUUUUUCCUGACAAUAAAUAAUACGCAAGGGAAUUGUUUUGAAACUAAUAUUAUUUUUACUGCCACACUAUUUCAUUCCGUGACAUUCCAACUAAGAACUUCAAAACGAAAAAAUAUUGACGAUUGGAAAAAAAUAAAUCAGUUUUUGAUUAUUUCGUUUUCAUCAAAAAUUAACAUCGUACGCAGUAUGUUAAAAUGCAAAGAAGACGAUUUCGAAGUGAUGACUACACCGCCGGAAGAAGCCGAAAUGCGAGAAAAUCCGAAUGAAAUGAAACGUCUCUUGACGCACAUGUCCACAACCAAUACACCAUUUGUUGUGCACGAUCGGACUGGUCUCAGACUCUCAUUUGCUGGCCUUUUGCCCAUCACAACUGGUGACAAUGGAGAACAACGCAUCUGGUCAUCAAGUAUCAUUUUGAAUAGUGCAGAACUUGAAUAUCCCGAAGUCAAGUACAAGCUACGUGUCAGCGUUAAAAAGAAGUUUGAUCCAAAAUUGAGCUGCAACAGAAAUAAGGGAACAAUCAAGCGAAAUGAUGUAUUCGUGUUGACGUACCAACUUCCUGAAUCAUCAAUCGAAGCUGUCCGUCUGACACUUAUUGUUGAUGGAAAUCCACAUGAAAUUCCUCUUUGUAAAUAUAAAAAGGCAGAUUAUUAUUGGCUUGGAAAAGAAACAAAUGUUCCCGGGCCAACUGAAUUGCUUCGAGAACGGAACGUUAGCCCGAAUACAGCCUCCACAAUUAAGAAUGUGUCUCCAGGACGCAUGAUUGAUUUACCAGAAGGACUUAAAAACUUCGUAAUUGGUGAAAAUGGUCUUGAAUCCAUCUGCAAACUACUUCAUCCUCACGCUGUCUCACUUUUUCGAGACUUGUCUGAAAUGCAAAUUAGCCAGUGUGACAUGAAAGGGCUAGUCGAAAGUGGAAAUUCAAUGGACAUGAUUGUGGAAGAGAUUGUGAAACGUUUUCAUGAUGAGAAUCGCCAAAAAUUCACGACGACACCGGCGUUGCUGCAGUGAAGCGAUUUCCACUGCUAAUCUCGAACUUGUGUCUAGAAAUAAACUCGAAAUAUCUCUU